AGCUGUUCUUUAAGGCAUCGUAGGUGCACAAAAAAUAUUGCACUCAUCAUGUCACUGACCUUUACAAUUUUAUAAUACCAUCUAAUUACAAUAUCUGGACAUUACUUCAUUGGUUACACCCAUCCCCAAAACCGUCCUUCCCAUCAUCCCACCCUUUCCACACCUCCCAAAUCUGAGUUGGUGGUCUCAAAAUGGCAACCCCUUCCUCUCCACUUUAAUCUUCCUCGUCCUCUGUGUCCUCCUUGGAACAGCUUCAAGGCUUCUGAGUAGUUUUGACUGGUUAUAUCAAGUGGUGUGCCCCUGUUAUGUCUCAUUUUGAGUACAUUUCUACAGAUAAGGUGUUUUUCCCCUUGCUAAAGUCUUUGUUGAAAUUCAUCAAGUGGUGUGUGGAUAUUUAUGCAGAUUGACAGUUGUCUCAUGGGGUAAAGCUGGGUAGGAUUUUGGGAGUUGUGUUGUCACAGUUCUGCAUUCCAACGUGACCACCCCUGCUGCAGAUGCACCUCUGCCCCUUAGUAAAUUUUUCUCUGUGCUUUGGGAGACCCUUUUGACUGAGGAAUGACUUUGUGCUCUUGGGUUACUUUUUAGUAACACUGAGUGUUACAUCCUGCCACUAUCUAUUUUGUAAAAAAUACUCCCAAGUUGGUUACUUUGUUGGUUGGAGCUCCCUUGAGUGGGUGACUGGUGCUGUUAUGAAAUCCACUCGCUUACGUCAGGGACGUGAUGUGCGGUGCCCUCUUUGUGUUCGUGCUGCAGCUGUCAGGAUUUAUUAUUGCUCCCAGCGUGGGGAUGUUGGCAAUGUGUGACACAGGCUUCGGGACACGCUCCUGCCUGAGGCUGCCCUGGGUGGAAAGUGAGCGGGGCAGAUAAGGACUUUGCAGUUCGAGCACCAUCUUUGGAAAGCUGCAAGAGAUUCAGGGUUUGUGGCAUAGUAUGGAUCUGACACCAUCACAACAUAAUUAUCUACAAAAUGGUAUGGUAAGAGAAUUGGAAAGACAAGAAGGGGAAAAAGAGGAUGAACAGAUAGUUGCAGAAAUCAUGAAGAGACGUUUUUUUCCUACUCUUAUAAGUCAUAAGACCUGGGAAGGCUUUCACUUUGCUGGCCAUGAGAUAAGAAUUACAGAAGCCACUGAUUGUUACGGGGCAGUCGUCUGGCCAUCGGCUCUUGUUCUGUGUUAUUUUUUGGAAACUAAUUCUAAAAAAUAUAAUUUGGUUGACAAAAAUGUGAUUGAAAUUGGAGCUGGAACUGGGUUGGUCUCCAUAGUAGCCAGCUUACUGGGUGCCCUUGUGACUGCCACAGAUUUGCCAGAAUUACUGGGAAACCUUCAGCACAAUGUUCUUCACAAUACAAAGCUGAAAAGCAAGCACCAGCCUUGUGUUAAGGAAUUGUCUUGGGGAAUUGAUCUGGAAAAGAACUUUCCUAGGUCUUCCUGUCACUUUGACUACAUUAUGGCUGCUGAUGUAGUUUACCACCAUCCCUUCCUGAAUGAACUCCUCCUAACUUUUGAUCACUUGUGCAAGAAUGAUACAGUUAUUCUGUGGGCUAUGAAAUUUAGGUUGAAGGAAGAGAACCAAUUUGUGGACAGAUUUCAGACACUGUUUGACUUAGAGAUGGUUUCUAAUUUCCCCAGUUUGAACAUAGCCUUGUAUAAAGCAAUGAGGAAAGGCAGGAUGAAAGCCAGCCUUCCAAAGUGGUCUGAAAGUGAGAUAUAGGAAGGUGACAGUUUCAACUGUUCUGCAGCUUGUUCUCUUUUUAAUAAUUUCCAUGUUUCUGCUAACAUCUACAUGAAUGACACUUUUAGAGGUAGCUAAAGCAAAGCAUCUGAUUCCUGAUGCCUCCCUAACAAAUUGCUAAAUUCAAUUUGCUGAUAGUUUUAUACACAGAAGAGAUGUAUUUUUGACAUUUUCUUGACUUUUAUGUGCUAAGCUGACAACUCUAAUAACUUUCACUAGUCUUACCAUUAUUGUUAUGGGUCAUGUACUGAAUAUUUCCAAAAGCUUUUGGUUAUAGCUUUGAGUGGUGUCUUAUGUGAUCAACCAAUCAUUUAAAACUCAAGACUAUCAUGAAUCCUUGUAUUUAAAAUUUGGAGUGUUAAAUCUGAUCUUUUCCCAUUCUCACUCUCAUGUUAAUCCUCCCUUGGAACACCCUUAAUAGGAUGUUAAAUUAGCUGAGAAAAACCUCCACCUAUAUUGUCAUGAUACAGGGGUAGAAUAUAUUAGUUACUCUUUGAUUUAAUGAUUGUACUUCCGUUUUUUAUUUAGAUUCAGAGAUUCUUCAUCAGCUGCACACUUGAGGGAGUUAAAUGUUUUGUCGCUUGAACAAGUGCUCAAUAUGUAAGCUGUAUAAGAAGAGUACAGCACAUGGCCAGCUGUCCUUUUCAAAGACCUUAGAUUCUUGGACGUCUGCUCCCCCAAAAAUAGACAGUUAUCUGGCCCUCGGGGAACAACAAUGGAAAAAUGACAGUGGCCAUGAAGGGAGGAACUUUGCAUUGCCAGCUGCUGGUGGCUGGAGGUAGAAAACUAAACCAGCCUGUCAUAGUGUGGCUGAGGCAUGGACAGGCUUGGAUAUUUGUUUGGUUUUGUAAUAUGGACAAAUUAUUUUCCUCCUAGUCCUCAGGACUGUGUGCUUCUGCUUACAGUGCCCUGUCCAAUAAUUUUCUUAUGGGGAGAUUAAUAAAAUUAUUCUUUUCACAUAUCAUAUUUUCUGAUUCUGUUUGAUUUUGAGACCUUCAGUUUCCUUGCAGGCUAGAGAAGAGCACUUUA